AUGAACGGCACCACUAAAGCUCCCGAUGCUUUCCCGGCCCCCAACCAGUCGCAGCUGGAGUCGUUGCCGGGUCUGACGCCGCCGCAGCAACUCCCUGCCCAUGGACAAGGGCAGAUCGACCUGUUGUUCGACGAAAUGGAUGGGUCCGACAACGCGCAACAAGAGCAAGCCCAGGCCUUCGACGAGAUGAUCAUGUCGAGCGUUCCUCCUCCCAACGUUGAAGCUCCAGAGCCAUGGGUUCCUCCACCGCCUAUGACCUUCGAGGAUGUGUAUCGCCAACAAGAUAAGGAAGGUGGCGUUGAACUCGGCCCUUAUUCUGCCAUGUUGUCUGAAUGGGAGCAUUCAAUGAGCGGUCGUAGCUAA